UCGGGCAAUAACACAGGCAAAAUCACUGGUGAGAACAAACGGCACCCUCUCCCGCGUAAUUCCAAACUUCUUUUUCUUGUUGUUCAAAAUGUGUCCAAAGUCAAUGUGAAACAGCCGUCCGGAGUCAUCCACCAUAAUGUUAUCAUUGUGUCGAUCCCUGAUACCCAACACAAAAGUGGCAACACAAUAGCCUGCACAACUAUUUGUAAAUCGACGAAUCGCCUCUUCGUAGAUCUUCUCAGAACCAAGCGGAGGUACUUUCUUUUGCAAGAACCACUUGUGAAGCUGGCUGUCAAUCUGCAUCGCUGAACGCACUCGUUGUCCUUGAAUGGACAUGAUUGUCUGGGAGUGUCGAACAACUUCUAUUAGGCCCAUAUCUUCACCCGUGGAGAGACAAUCGUAUAUUGUGAGGUCCAAAUUCAAGCCUUCAUCUUUCCAGAUAUGAUCCAUAACUCGAAGGAGUUGAAGUGUGAGCAUAUCUUGGCGUAGAUCGUCCCCGUGUUUGAAAAGGAGUUGAUGAAGUUUGUGAUGGUGAAUGCCGAGAUUGUCAGGAUUGGCCCAUACAAUCCACAGAGGACGUUUUUUAGAACGCUUGACGGUGCAUUGUUGUUCCACGACGGGACCAAGUUUGAUGGAGAAACGAAGUGGUGAGAGAAUAUCACCCAAAUCGUAGCGCACAUCACUUCGAAGGAGUUGAGACUUAAAAAAGGUUCGUUGCUCUUCCUCCUCCGGAAAGCGCUUCACAGAAAUAGCCAGACCAGUGAGUCGAUGAAGGGCAUUCACUUGCUCAUGAAUGAAGAGGAGUAA